UGUCAUUGUCGAAAGAAGACUAUUGUAAAUUUUAAAAUAAUAAAACUUAGAAAAUUGUUAUAUUACCAAGUUAUUUCAGGCUUAAUUUGAGGAUCCUAAAUAAUGAGACUUUUUUAAAACACACCGAACUUAUGUGUUUAGCUAUUGAUAUGAUAUUCUUAUCAUAAGCUUGUUAUCAGCUUAUCACUUUGCCGCUGCGCCGAUUCGGCCCGCCUACGCGCAGCGUUUACUAUUUGUGUUUGUGACUCGUUCGCGUUGCCGGUUGACGCUGUUUUCCGGUACUACUGCUGAUAGAAAACCUUCACUGUGUUUAGUUUCCUCAGUAACCGGCAAGAAAAUCCUCUAGAAUGUCAGGGGAAGGCAGCAAUGGCGACGGGAAUAAGAAAACUGCGCUUAUUACCGGCAUAACUGGCCAGGAUGGCUCAUACUUAGCAGAGUUUUUGAUAGAAAAAGGCUAUGAAGUGCAUGGUAUCUUGCGCCGCUCGUCUUCGUUCAACACUGGGCGCAUCCAGCACUUGUACGGUCAGCCGGCCAUCCACACCGGGGGACGCAUGCACUUGCACUACGGAGAUCUGACUGAUACCACUUGCCUUAUCAGUAUCAUUACAAAGACUCGACCAAAGGAAAUCUACAACCUGGGAGCCCAGUCACAUGUGAAGGUAUCCUUCGAGCUCAGUGAGUACACAGCACAGGUGGAUGCCCUCGGCACCCUGAGGCUGCUAGAGGCGAUCAGAGCAGCCGGCCUCGAGAAGGAGACCAAGAUAUACCAGGCAUCCACGUCAGAACUGUACGGGAAAGUUGUAGAGGUGCCACAGACUGAGAAGACGCCGUUUUACCCUCGUUCACCUUAUGCGUGCGCAAAGCUCUACGGCUACUGGAUAGUAGUGAACUACCGGGAAGCGUACAACAUGUUCGCUUGCAACGGCCUCCUCUUCAACCACGAGAGUCCGCGGCGGGGGGAGAACUUCGUGACUCGCAAGAUCACGCGAGGAGUAGCCAAGAUCACGCUCGGCCUGAUGGAGUGUCUCGAGCUGGGGAAUCUGGAUAGUAAAAGGGAUUGGGGACACGCGAGGGAUUAUGUUGAGGCGAUGUGGCUGAUGAUGCAGCAGGACACCCCUGAAGACUUCGUGGUGGCGACGGGCGAGGCGCACAGCGUCCGCGAGUUCGUCGAGAAGUCCUUCGCGUGCGUCGACAGACAGAUAGAAUGGCGCGGCAGCGGCGUGGACGAGACGGGGCACGACGCGACCACGGGGCAGCUGCUAGUCAAGGUCAACCCCAAGUACUUCAGGCCUACUGAAGUGGACCUCCUGCUAGGCGAUGCAACGAAAGCCCGCGAGCGGCUCGGCUGGACGCCCAAGGUCACGUUCGAUGAACUGGUCAAGGACAUGGUGCGCGCUGACCUUGACCUCAUGAAGAGGAACCCCGAGGCGUAGGUGCAGAAAACCAUCUGUUCAGUUUAUAAAAGAUACCGAAAGAAGGAGUGAAGCCUAAGAAUUUAGCUGACUUAGCUAUUGUUUAUUUUAUAUUUGUUGUAAUUAUUAUUUUACUUAUACACUUAAUUGAUGCAAAUGAGGAAAACGAUUGCGUGCAUAAAUUAUUUUUAUGAUUUUUGAACAUGAUGUGUCUGCUGUAAAAUGUAGCUUUUGUUAUAAUUAUAUUAUCUUGAACAUAGUUUAUUUUUUGUAAUAAUAUAAUAUAUUAUGUUUACAGUCACUUUUGCGAUGUCUGGAGACGAGUUAUCUGGUUAGACCGUGACAGAAUGAUUUUUAUCCCAAAUUACUUUUACCCAGACAUUGUGAGACUGGAACUUAUAGUUUUUAUGUAUUUAAUAUGUGCAAUAAUUGAUUUAAAAACAACCCUGUUAGAGUAGAUUAAACCCAGAUAUAUAGAAUAUCAAAAUCACAACAUGAAAAUUCUGAAUCCGUCUCAAGUAUUUAAAAUUAUGUUUUAGGAAACUACUC